CGCCCUCACUCGCUCAUCGCGUGCGCGGUCACCAAUCUCUCGAGCGGCUCGUCCCCCAUGCCGUGCUCGCUCGUCACCGACGCCUGGGAAGGGGUAGGUCACAGAUCUGGAGUGUGACUCACAUGGUCGCAACACUUUCCACUUUCCUAUCCCCCCGUCCUGUAACUUGCACCGUUGUCGUCAUUUUACAGUUGACUCUAACUUGUCUACCUCGACUCCUAAUCCAACGACCGCUGUCCAUCUCAAUAAUGUACUACACCAGCUUUAUGGGUCUCUUGGUCCAUCCCAAUGUUCGCUGCCGACACGUCCAAGAGGCUCGAUCAAGCGAUCAACAUGUCUCAGUCAGACCGCUUUAUAUAGAGCUGACCUCAUGAAGGGCCAGGUUACUUUCCUUUCCCUUCCACUAUGUAUUUCUUCCUACUGUAUACCUCUCUAUUUUCGCUGUUAGCGGCAUCCGUGGCUUUCCCCGUAUCUUUGAUAUCCAAACCAUCUGUGUUUUCACGCCCACAUCAAACGUCCUCUGUGUGCAAUUUUCGAUAUCGAAUGCAGACUAUGAUCUGUGGUGGUCCCGCCACAGAACAAGAACCUGGCAACCUUUCCGUUUUUACACCUGUAUACCAUCCCCUCCCCAUGAUAGGCAUCCACGGCGUGCAUCGCGAUAUCACCUACCAAUUCAGCCUCCAACUACCCACACUAGAAUCUCCUACUUCAUCAGACACAUCACCUCCAGGUGUGAAUAGUAUGCCUUCAAAAAAACGGCUGGUAAUCAUUGUUGCUACCAUUGGACUGGCGGUCUUUGCUACGGGAAUGAUUCUCCUUUGGCACUACCGGGGUCAAUUGAUUGCGCUCAGAAUCUUCACGGGCUGUCGGGACUUCCUCCGGCGGGUUUGGAGCUCCAUCAAGACUACGUGUGGACGUUGUUGGACUCGGGGCUGUGAUAAAUGCUCAUCUGUAUGGAAAACAUCCACGAAGUGCUGGAUAAGUUUCUGGGCAAUCGUCUUGCCCUAUCCGGCGAUCUUCAAAUUUUUUGAAGGAUUAGAGGGUCAGUUCACACCAUGUCAGUUAGCUAUCUACAGAAUCGGCCCGGUUGUAAACCUGGGUAUCUUGAUUCUCUCGCCUUGCGCUAUUGCUUUGGAUCACGGGUGGCAAACCAUCGUGGUGGCAAUCGUGAGCUCAACGUACUAUGCAUUGCGUAUGGUCAGGGAUGAUGUUAAAUCAAGGGAUUCUGUGAGCGCAGCUGCUGCAGACGGCGCAACCGGUCAUUACUACUGUCGUCUCAUAGAAGCGCGAUUUGUUCUGGCAUAUUCAAUGUGCUUCAAAGGAAUCCGAACCACCACAUCACCCAACCCAACACCUCUCAGUGCAAAACCAGAUUACCCACGGGAGUUGUUCACGAGUAAGAAAGAUCUUCUUGCCAUCCUUUUGACAUGCGUCGUUGCUGUAACAUUCAUUGCGGGAUAUGUGAUGGGAUCAAUCCACUACCCCCGAGAGUGCCUCUUGUUGUCAGCAAGUGUCGCUAAUUCCGUCCUCAACGUUUUCACGGAUAUCAUGGUGCCGCAAUUCAUAGCGGAGUGUAUCAUCUGGGAGGUACAGCACCAUCAAUUUAACUACAGUCCUCAGCCUAGCCAGUCUCAGUCGCAGUUACGAAUGAAAGACCAAGCACCUGAGUGGUUCUUGGAGACCGCCAAAGGUUACAGAUCGAACGGCUGGCAGUGGCGGAUUCCGGAGUCCUGGAAAGACACAGCGGUGUUGACGCAGAUGCUAGAAUGCAUACGCAGCUUGAGGAAGCCGGCGUCCGAAUCUCAAACGCCUGGACCUCAGCAGCCUCAGCAGGGCCAAGCAGGGCGCACUACUCUCUUUUUUGUUCUUACACUGUCGUUCCUUUUUUAAAAAACUGUUAUCUUUUAAUUGUGUCGACAGAGAAAAUGAAGUCUUGCAAAUAAUGGAGAAGCGA